UUUUUUUUCUUUCCAUCUCCUUCUGUCAAUUAGAGUUCAGCAGCCAAUAGGAAUUGGUUUGGCGUAAAGAUUUUUCCUAAACCUUUGAAUUUACCCAAGUAUAAAUAAUAAAUAGACCAUCACCUUUUUCUUCCUUUCCAUUCGCUUUUUCUUUUCAUAUUCUGUCAUUCGCCUUUUGUACAUAUUCAUUUUUCUCUUGAUCCAUACUUUCAUAACAGAACUACAUAUUUACAUUAUACAUCAUGUCUCUUGGAAGAACUGCAAAGUUGAACACCGGCGCUACUAUCCCUUUGGUUGGUUUGGGAACUUGGCAGAGCAAGGCCAAUGAAGUCAAGAAGGCUGUAAAGAAGGCUCUGGAAGUUGGAUACCGUCAUAUCGAUACCGCUUCUAUCUAUGGUAACGAGAAGGAGAUUGGAGAGGCCAUCAAGGAAUCUGGCAUCCCUCGCGAGCAGCUCUUUAUUACCACCAAGUUAUGGAACACCUCCCAUCGUCCUGAGGAUGUCUUGCCUGCGCUUGAAACUUCCCUUAAGAACCUCGGUUUGGAUUACGUCGAUUUGUACUUGAUGCACUGGCCCAUUGAUUUCAAGUCUGGUCAUUCUGGAAUUCCGAGGGAUGAAAAUGGCAAGGCUAUCAGAGAGGGUGUUGAUUUUACCGAGACCUAUAAGGCUAUGGAGGACCUUAUUGCCACUGGCAAGACCAAAGCUAUUGGUGUCUCCAAUUUCACAGUGGCGAACCUUAGCAAGCUGUUGAGCUCAGCAAAGAUCAUCCCUGCAGUUAACCAGGUUGAGCUCCAUCCCGAGAACCCACAGUGGGAGCUCCUAGAGUUCUGCCAAUCCAAGGGUAUCCACAACACAGCCUACUCUCCUCUUGGAUCCACCGAUUCUCCUUUGAUCAAGCGUGAUGAGAUCACCAAGAUUGCUGAGAAGCACAACUCUUCGAAUGCUAAUGUCCUCAUUGCCUGGGCUCAGCAGCGUGGCACGAGUGUUAUCCCCAAGUCUGUGACCGAGUCUCGUAUUGCUUCCAACUUCCAGGAUAUUGAGCUGGACGCGGAGGACCUUAAGACUCUUAAGGAACUCUCCCAGGCCAGCCCCCCUCACCGCUAUUGUGAUCCUCAGGAGUCCUGGGGAGGUAUUAAGGUCUUUGAUGACUAAAAGUGCUUGAUCACACCCCGUAUAGAAAAUAUUUAUGUAAUAAACCUAGUAC